AUGCGAAAAGCAGCUGAAGAGAACAUCAGGACAAGGAAGAGGUCAAUCAUGGCGCAAGGUGAAAUUCAAAGAGUAGUACAAAAACAUCGAUUGAAUGCGUUGAAUAAGAGCAGUUCUGCUUCUGAGGCUUCCGCAUUAACUGCAAUUCAAUCACCAACCCUUUCUUGGGAUUCGCCUUCUGCAACUACUCCUGCAUACAGCACUAAUUGCCCGGUCAAGAACGAGGACACAGUUGCUAAUGAUGAUGCUGCUACCGGAGACAUUAUCUCGCGCAUGGAACUUGACAAACUAAAUGAUUUCUCUCUUCCUCCAAAACUUCUUCCAGUCCUUCCAGGAGAAUAUUUGUGA